AUGCUGUGUGUAGAACAGACUCGGAAUCAGUCGCUUAACGCAGUUCUGCAUUUUUACAGGGAGGCAAACAAGCAGCAUGUCAGAUGUCAGAAAUGUUUGGAGUUCGGACAUUGGACGUACGAAUGUACAGGGAAGAGAAAAUACCUGCACAGACCUUCGAGAACAGCCCAGUUAGCAAAAGUUCUGAAAGAAAAAGAAAAGCGACUGUUAUUGCAACAAAGCGCUGGAGAAAGUACUGCAGAAAGGAAGACCAAGAAAAAAAGAUCUAAAAGUGUGACGAGUUCCAGCAGCAGCAGCAGUGUCAGCUCAGCUAGCGAUUCGUCAUCUGACAGUGAAGAUUCCUCUACCUCCUCUUCUGACGAUGAUAGUGACAGUGAUGAGAGCUCCUCAACUUCCUCGUCGUCUCCAUCUUCGAGUAGUACUACUUCUUCUUCAGAGUUCGAAUCAGAUUCUAGCUCCUCGAGCAGUAGCAGCAGCAGCACAGACAGUAGUUCUGAUGAUGAGCCACCAAAGAAAAAGAAGAAGAAAUAAGAUGUUGUAGUGAAGAACUGUUGCUGAGCAAAUUAUAACAUUCUUCAAAGAUGUUCUGAGCACGUGGUUGCCAAGCAGUUUACCUGGUCAACAUUUCUACUGCUAAAACUUUCUAAAUGUUUUGCGUAGUUCAUAGGACAUGAAAGGUAUUAAAUGGCACGUGAAACUUACUGACAGAGUAUUUUUGUGGUUUAUCCUUUUAUGGGAAAUUUUACUUUUUUAGUUUAAAAAUCUAUCAUCAGAUUUGUUUAUACGAGCUAAGGUCCAGUAACCUGGAUGUUUACAUGCUGGAAAGCAAAAGCUUUUUAUCGCAGAUCAUGCUGUGCAUCACAUCCUACUACUCUGUUUAUGGCAACUUCCCUUACAUUUAGGAUGUAAGAUCUGUUAGAAGUUGUACACUGGCUGUUGUUGGAGCCGAAUGCACAAUGUUGCACACGGAGGGCUUUCCAUCUCACUGUUAACAAAUGUGGUAUAUGCUGCUGAGCUUUUCUUCUGAUGGCUUUUCCUGAUGCUUCCAGGUCGAGUCUUAAUUGCAACAUGAAACUUUAAAUAGUGUUCAUUUGUUAACGAUCAAUAUGCUACUUGUACUGUACAGAGGCUUUAGUCUUUCCAACUUUGCCUGUUUCCAUAUUUCCUGUCUUUGUAGUACUUUUCUGAGACAAACAGAGUCUGUUGUAGCAUUGUCUAUGUAAGAACGAGGAGCAGUGCACAGUGGAAGAAUUAUGACUGAUGCUGCUUAGGAGUUUCAUCUUUGUGCCUUUUUUUUGUAAAUUAAAUGUAUCCUAGUGAGAGAAGGGCUUGAGUGGGUGUUUUUUCAGAACUCCAAUAGCUUUCCACACAGAGUAUAGUUGGUAAAGCCAGAGAAAUGGUAGUGACGAGCAAAAACGGGCACUAUUUUUUAGGAGAGAGAAGAAAGGCUAUUUUCAUGGGAUGCUCAGUAAGGAGUGGAGUUGUCCUUCAAAAGAGGUCCAAAGGACAGCAUUUCCAUUUUGAUAUUUUUGAGGGGAAAAAAAAAAUCUGUAAUGCAAGAUUGCCAGUCACCAUGUGCUCAACAAUGCAAACUGGCAUUAUAGCCUGCAGUAUAAUCAGUUCAUUAUUUUUGCCGAAGUGUGUACGUGUCUGUGGAAAUCUGGUACGGGAGAAGCAAGUUAGUGCAAAAAAAAAAAAUCCAAGCAUACUGCAGAACAAUUCUUGCUGGUUAUAAAUUGAAACUUAUUUGUUCUUUUGGUGGACUUGAGCUGUUGGCAUUAGUCUUUUAAUUUGUGAUGCCAUCUCCUGCAUUUCUUACUGUUGGAGUUACCUUUCCUUGGGGGGAGGCAUCACGUGUGGAAGAAUUCUUAAAUAUCUUGGUCUAGGUAAAAUAUAGUAACUAAACUAUUUUUUAUAUUUUUAUGGAAAAGUAGUGUGUAGAAUUACUUUUGAAUAAACUGUGCUUAUAUUUAAAUGUUUGAAAAUA